AUGGUCCUCGUCGAUUUACAGGUACGGGCCGAGGGCAUGGGUGCCACCCAUUCGCUGCCCUACAAGAUCGCCCUCAUUGCCAUAUGCUUCCUGGCUCUCGCUGUCUGGAACGCGUUUGAGGUCUUCGUCAGCAUCUUUCGUCGCUUUCGCAGGUAUACCGGUCUAUACUUCUACUCGCUCAUCGCCGCCUCGGUCGGUAUCCCGUUACACGCCCUGGGUUACUUUCUUCGCUUCUACGAUGUCUCCAAUUCGGUCCCGAUCCAAACUUUACUGGUCUGCGGAGGUGGCAUGCUCAUGAUCACUGGACAGAGCAUCGUCUUGUGGUCACGGCUUCAUUUGAUCAGUCCAGGAAGAAGAGACAGAUGGCUGUUGUGGAUGAUCAUUUGCGCCUGCUUCAUCGUCCAGGGUGGCGCGACAGUGUUAUUUACGGCGGCAGCUAUUCCGUCAUCGGCGCAGGGUUUUCUCAAUGUCUACCAGAUAUGGGAACCCUUUCAAGUCACUUGGUUCGCCUUCCAGGAAUCUCUCAUCAGCUGCAUCUACAUAUACAGAACCUCCGUCCUCAUACGCAGUUCGGCCAUCUUCCGCAGCAAGGACACGAAACGCAUCUUCAAUCACCUCAUGAUUGUCAACGCCAUCAUCAUCGCUUUCGACAUCACAAUCGUUUCCUUCCAGUUCGCGAACCUCUUCUACCUACAGACCAGCUGGAAAACCUUCGUCUACGCUGUCAAACUCCGGCUUGAGUUCGACAUUCUCCAGCAGCUCGUCGACUUCACGCAAGCGGGAUUCAUCGGUGGUGGCUCGAGGCCAGAUGACAUGUCGCUAGGGCCAGCAGAUGAGCGCAAUGAGACUACAAGCAGGGUAGAGGCAGCGCCUCCCCAACCGAGAUUCGGCAACUCUUCCUAUGCGCGCAUGAGCGAAGAUGGCGAAAUACCUGUUUUGCCUGUGGCGGACAUGAUGCGGAAGACCACGAAAGUGGAGGUCACGAUUGAAGACGAUGAUGCUUCAAGUAACAUGAGCACGAAAAAAUUACGAGGACACGAGGAGCCUGCUUAA